AACGUAACGAUAAUUUCUCAUGUUCUUCAUAGCUGAGGAGUGGGUCAGAAAAGGUUAAUUUUUUCCCAAAUCCAAGUCCAAACAUCUCACAUUUUCCCAUGUGAUUUCUUUUUUUUUUUUAUUUGGGUUUCUUCUCCCAAAUGGAAUAUGCUAAUUUUCGGAUUCGAUUUCCACUCUCCAGUUGCUGAUCGCUCUCGUUAAAGUUUGGAAAAGUCAUUUCUGUUUUUUCUCUUUUUCAUCUUCUUCCUCCUGAUUCUCACUGUUUUCCCGAGUGGUGUUCUUUUCUUUUGACCCAUUGCGAAUACGUUGGCGGUUCAGAUCUCUGAUUAUGGUUUGGUUUCCUGCAAGCCACGUUCUCGCGACUUCUGUUUUGAUGUUCGUUUGAUUUUAGUUACUUGAUUCAAAAUGUGUAUACGGUUCGGGGGCUCUUGAUUCGAUUUUCUGGUUCGAGGGGUCUUGCUUGUUCGAAGAACAAUCUGUAACUCGAAAAUUUUUGGGUUUUGAGUCGCUUCAAAAGUGCGUUUUUAGUUGAUGGACAAGGAGAUACCGCAAAGCCAUGCAGGGGGAUUUCUGCCCCCAAGUUUUUACUCGGGUAUUUCACCAAAUGGGGGCAGUUUCAAUGGAAAAUCUGAAACAGACUUAUCUUCAAUGUCGUUACCUCCAAUGGCUCCGAAUGCUAAUUCUGAUUCGGGUCAUCGAUUUAGCCAUGAUAUUAGUAGGAUGCCUGACAAUCCGCCGAGAAAUAUUGGUCAUAGACGUGCGCAUUCAGAAAUCCUGACUCUUCCUGAUGAUAUUUACUUCGACAGUGACCUUGGUAUCAUUGGUGGUAGUGCUGGGCCUUCUCUUUCUGAUGAUACUGAGGAAGAUUUGUUGUCCAUGUACCUUGACAUGGAUAAAUUGAAUUCGUCAUCUGCUACGUCUGCAAUUCCAAUGGGCGAGUCAUCUACCGCUAUUGCAGAAGUGGCAGUAACACAUGCCUCGGCAACUGGGUCAGCAACAUCUGUGGAUGAUUCUGCUGUUGGUUUGAAGGAGAGGCCGAGGGUCAGGCACCAGCAUAGCCAAUCCAUGGACGGCUUGUCAACCAUCAAACCUGAGAUGCUUGUCUCGGGGUCUGAAGAAGUCUCUGCAGCUGAUACCAAGAAAGCCAUGUCAGCUACAAAGCUUGCUGAGCUUGCGCUGAUUGACCCCAAACGUGCAAAGAGGAUUUGGGCAAAUAGACAGUCAGCUGCUAGGUCAAAGGAAAGAAAGAUGCGGUACAUCGGCGAGCUUGAGCGGAAGGUUCAGACUCUGCAAACAGAGGCAACUUCUUUGUCUGCUCAGUUAACACUCUUACAGAGAGAUACAAAUGGUCUCGCUGCUGAGAACAGUGAAAUGAAGUUGCGGUUGCAAACAAUGGAGCAGCAGGUUCACCUGCAAGAUGCUUUAAAUGAAGCACUGAAAGAGGAAAUUCAGCAUCUGAAAGCUCUAACUGGUCAGGCGAUGCAGAGCGGUGGACCAAUUUCAAAUUUUGCUUCCUUUGGAGGCGGCGGCCAACAAUUUUAUCAAAACAAUCAAGCAAUGCAUACUUUGUUAACUGCGCAACAGUUUCAGCAACUUAAAAUCAACUCGCAGAAACAACAGCAGCAACAGCACUUUCAGUACCAUCAGCUGCAUCAGUUUCAGCAGCAACAGGCUGGAGACAUGAAAAUGAAAGGUUCAAUGUCUUCCUCGAGCCUCAAAGACAAUUCAUCACGUGCGAGCUCUCCCUCCUCUUGCUGAAAGAAACGAUCCAAACAAUCGAGUGCAUCUACUGAUCCCUAUCACCAAUAUAUACAUAUGGAAUGAGCAAGAGAUGACCCCAUCUAGAACCAUUACGGUAAGCGAUCAAAGUUUUCAUUGCAUCAAUACCCGAAAAGCUCAAUCCCCUUCCUAGAAGCAUAUCCCCUGGCCCCCUACCAUAAGCGCUUCUUUUCUUCCCUGCAUUCAUUUAUCUCUACGUAUAAUAUUCAUUGUUUGUAGCAGAAAAGCUGUAGUUGAUUUGUUUAUUAGCUUGUGGAUAUCACAGUUUCUCAUGUAAUUCCUUGUGUUAUUCAUUUUUUCUUUGAGAUUUAUUCAAAUUUUCUCUCCCAAGGCUGAGCCAUUGUUGUUUCCAAAUGGUCAUUUCUGCUGCCCUUGAAGGUGCCACUAUUUUCUGUGAACUA